AGCACUUUUGCCUCGAGCCAUUUCGGUCGAAGCCCUUGCGUCCUAGGCAUCUUCCGAGAUCGUGGCGCAUAAGGCGCAGGAUUAUCGAAGACGUGACGCAUGUCUGGCUUCUCUGUUGGGACGAAGGUGCAGAUCAGCGGCCUCACGGGAGCGCUGGAGCUGAACGGCAAGUUUGGAUUUGUCAGUGGAGAGGACUCGGAGGCUGGCCGUGUUACCGUAGACGUCGACGGAGUGGGUGAGAAGAAGCUGAAGCCGCAGAAUUUGACCAAGAUUGUCAAGGGCGGUGCCUUUUUCCCUGCGGGAGCGCGAGUCACAAUCAAUGGUCUGAGUGGGGCCGUGCACCUGAACGGCAAAGAGGGCAACGUCUUGGGCAAGGACGAGGCGUCUGGCCGCUACACUGUCGAGAUUGAUGGUGAGGGUGAGAAGAAUCUGAAACCCGAAAAUCUGACAAAGGCUUCUGCUGGGGUGAGGGUGCCAGCGAAGAAAGAGAAGGUUCGCAAAGACUUACCAAGCGAGCUGCAAGAAGAUGGCUUCCAAAUAGCGCAGCACGUCCGGGUCGGGGGCCUGAAUGGCGCCAAGGAGCUGAACGGAAAAGUGGGAGUAAUCUUUGGAUACGAUAAGGAAGCACAGCGAUACAUCUUGGAGUUCGAAGCUUCAGGACAAAAGAAAAUCAAAAAGGAAAAUUGUGUUCCAAUGAAUGUGAGUUCUGGACCUCUUUCGGCAAAAGCUCGGAUGCUGAACGGGAUGUAGGUUCUUUUGCCCUCUUAGUAAGUCCGCUUUGUGUCAGAGAUAGUUGUUAUCGCGCUGAAUUCAGUUCUUUCUAAUCAUGCCAACAGGUGCUCGGUACGUUAAUCGUCUGCUUGGAAAAAUAGUUUGGAGGCUGGCAGUUUGCAUCGAUUGUUUUGUUGGGCUUGUCUGCUCGCGACGGAAGCGGCGCGUGCUCCUCUAGCUCGUUCGCCGUCGCUCACCCGGCUGAGUUUAUCUGUCCCGUAAGGGUGCGGAGA